GCACUUCAAGGGAAGUGGUGGAAAAGCAAUGCUAUGAAGUAAAAGACAACUGUCCCAGCGCAGCACGCUGCGUGAGUUACUAUCUUAACACUGCAAUGUGCAGCUUGUGUUUUCACUGAUUUAUUUGCGACCUGAGGUACUACUGCGUAUCGCAGGUGACCUUCUUGACUCUAGAGAGCGUGUCUGCAUGUGGUACAGAAAGAUACAGUUCAGAGUUAGCUGGGCCUGUUCUCACAGCGACUGCUGCAGGGACAGCAGAGGACGUGAGAAGUCCUUUGCUCUUUCAGUGCUAGAAUUCUAACGAAAGUGAACGUGCAGCUCUUUGCAGCCAGGUGAGCGUGGAUCUGUUUGUAUGUCAAGCCAAAAAUUCUGCCUGGCACUGACAAAAGUAUAUUAGGCUGAGGAGUGCUCACCUUCACAUCUGACUUUUCCAAAUAGCAAGUUGCCGUACGAUGUUGCACCUGAACAAGCUCUUAAUCACGGUGAGGUGAGGACGCACCUGGAUGCCUCAAUCCGAGAUGUGAAGGCAGUGACAGACAAGUUCCUGUCUGCCAUCGUUGUUCAGCUGACCAAAUCCCUUACGGGAUGCGUUUCAUCGCCAAGGUACUGAAAGACUCCCGGCAUGACAAGUUUCCUGAUGCUGGCGAGGAUGAGCUUCUGAAGGAAGAAAAGCUUGAUGUCUGUGCCAAGGGAGACGUACACCGCACUUGCGCUGCCUGGACGAUGUGGAAACUGGAAAUUGUGGGGUGUGCUGAAGCAUGCCCUCUCAGCUUUCGCUCGUGGAAGCACAGAGCAAAGUGACAAGAAACAGCUGCGAGUUCAAGGAAUUGUCUACCUUGUUCUGAUCUCCUGCCAGUUCCAGCUUGUCGUGCCUGCUGUGAUGGGCGUCGCGUGCAGCGAGAUCAGCUGUGGGCCUGACAUCGCACGGAUGGAGGCUGAGAACAACGGGAAGCCCCGGCUGGUCCGUGAGGAGUCAUCUCUUAAUAUCCCAGCUAUUGCUGCUGCCCACGUUAUUAAGAGAUACGUUGCCCAGGCACCGGGUGAACUCUCCUUGGAGGUGGGAGACCUCGUGUGCGUCAUCGAGAUGCCGCCUCAGGAGCUGAGCCCCCGCUGGAGAGGCAAGCACGGCUUUCAGGUUGGAUUUUUCCCUGGUGAGUGUGUGGAGCUCAUUAACGGAAAAAUCCCGGAGUCUCUCAUCAAUUCAGUGCCAAAGCCAGUGCCAAAGAAGCGCGGCAAGCUCCUCACCUUCCUUCGUUCCGUGGUGAAGGCCCGCCCGAAGCAACGGAAAGAGCGGGAGGUGGAGAAGGAGAGGGUGUUUGGCCGUGACCUGGGAGAGCAUCUUCUCCACUCUGGUCGUGAUGUCCCCCAGGUCCUCCAGAGCUGCGCCGAGUUCAUCGAGCAGCAUGGCGUGGUGCAGGGGAUAUACCGCCUGUCCGGCGUGGCGUCCAACGUCCAGAGACUGCGCCAGGAAUUUGAGUCUGAGCAGGUUCCUGAGCUAACCGUCCGCGACGUUCACAGCGCGAGCUCCCUCUGCAAAAUGUACUUCAGGGAGCUCCCGACCCCCCUGCUGACCGACCAGCUGUACGACAAGUUCUCGGAUGCUGUUGGUGCCACUACAGAGGAGGAGCGGCUGGUCAGAAUGCGGGACGUCAUCCAGCAGCUGCCCGCUCCUCACUACAGGACCCUGGCGUAUCUGAUGAGACACUUGGCCUGUCUGUCUGCGAACAGCUCUGUCACCAACAUGCACGCUAAGAACUUAGCCAUUGUGUGGGCUCCAAACCUCCUAAGAUCACAGCAGAGCGAGUCUGCCUGCGCCAGCGGGAGAGCUGCCUGCACGGAACUGCAGACGCAGUCGGCCGUGGUGGAAUUCAUCAUCAACCACACAGACGUCCUCUUCUGCUCCACAUCUGGACCUGACAUUGCAGAUGGAGCAGGGCACAGUUCUCUCUCAGGGCCCCAGUCUGUGCGGGCGUCUUCUGCUGCCACAGAGCUGCUCAGCCUGGAGGAGGCGCAGGCACGGAGGCGAGGCCACAGCAGCUCUCCUGUCGUUGUGACAGAGAGCAGGGACAUAGAGGUGGAAGAAGGCCCCACAGCUGUACGGGGGAAAUUCCACACAGUCAUCGACUUUCCACCUGAAAGACCAAGUCCACCCAGCAGGAUGAAGGAAUCACCAGCUGGCUGUUGGUGUUCCUGCUUCAGUCUGGGAAAACCAUCCUCCGUGGCCAAAGGCCAACCGCAGCGCCGUCCCAGGGAGCCCUCAGAGACAGACGUUGUAGUGCUGGCAGGUGAUUCGAGCUCUUGUCAACCCAGAUGUGCCAGAGCAAGUAGCGAUGCUGGGCUGUGUGCUUCCAUGAAUGGAGAGCUGUUAGGAAGCACAAAUGGCUGCGGUUCAGCUGACAGCCUGCUGCAUAACAACAGUGGUGGACACAAGGAGCUCAUCCAAGUUCAAGCCCUCAUUUCUCCCAGCUCUGCUGCAGAUGCUGACCUGAGCCCGCCAGACACCACAGGCACCAGCCUGGACUGUGACCCGGUGCCUCUGCAGUGCAGCCCAGCCCAAGCGCAGCCUGAGUGCCCCGACAGCAGCACCUCCAUGCAGGAGCAGGUCAGCAGCAGCGAGGAGCAGCUGAGCCUCUUGGAGGGGGACUUAGAAUCAAGCCUCCAGUCCCAGGCACCGUGCAGCGGCUCUGACAGCUCUGAGCCACUCUCUCCGUGAGCUUUCCACCCAAGAGAGGACGAUUCCCAUCUUUACCCGGACCUCUCACGCCCUCCUGUCUUUUCCUUUAUUAAUAAAAGCACACUUGUGCUCACUCAA